AUGGCUAGUGAGGAGAGUUUCGUAGUAUUGGUUCACCACAGAGGAUCCAUUAAGAGGAAAACUCGUUCCGGUGUGAAGUUCACUGAUAAGGAUCUUCUCUGUAUGAUCGUCAGGCCUACGACGGGGUAUGAGGACCUUGUUAGCUCUGUACUGCUGAAACUUGGUCUCGAAGGUGUGAAACAGGUUAAGAAGUUUUUCUAUCGCAUUCCAAUCACGGUGCUUCAGGAAACCGUAAAGUAUGAUUGUUUCACGAUUGGGAGUGAUGAGGACUUGCAGGUCAUGUUUCAUUGUCGCCGGCAGUUUCCAGAGCUUGGGGGUUCGAACCGGAAUACCACCACUUUAGCCACGGUAGCCGGUUCUAGCUCUAGACCUGCCGUUGCUUCUUCCUCUGUCCCUGCGUACGAGCCACCCAUCCAACCUGUCGCCUUCCCUUCGUUCGCUGUUGAUCUCAACGGCAGUUUAGGCGACGAGGUCGGAACAGGAGAAUUUUCGCGGACCUCUUUACAGUGUGCUGCACCGGCUGGGAUUGGAGAUGGAUUGUUGGAAGAUCCAGAGGACGAUGAUGUCGAGCUGGGUAUGAUUACUGAUGACAGUGGCGAUGAUGUCGGAGCAAGUGAGCCUGCUGGGGCGGGCGGUGGUUCUAGCUCUGGCACACAGCAGUACCCUCCACAUUUUUUCUCUUUGGACUUGGAUGCCAUGAGGCAGGAGGAGGUUUAUGGGCAGCCGGCUGGAUUUGGCGCUAGAGAUGGUGAAGGGUCUGCAGGUAUGACAAAGUUUCAGGUUGGUCAGCAAUUUCAGGAUAAAGAAGAGGCCCUGUUAAGUGUGAAGACUUACAGCAUCUGUCGAGGGCGCAAGGGCCUUUGGGAGGUCAAACGGUACAACGGACCGCAUACGUGUCUCGCCACCUCCAUCUCCAGCGACUACAGGAGUUUGGAUUACCAUGUAAUAUCGGCAUUCAUUAUGCCAAUGGUUAGGGCUGAUGCAUCCGUCAGCAUCAAGGUGCUCCUAAAUGCCACGCUGCACACUUUGGGUUUAGGCCGACGUACAGGAGGGUCUGAUUGGCCAAGCAGAAGGUUGUUGCCCCCAUCUAUGGUGACAGGGAUGAGUCGUACAACGAGCUCCCAAGAUGGGUGUUAG